GUCGCCGUCGCCGUCGCCGUCGUCAUCAUCAUCGUCGUCGUCGUCGUCGUCCAUCGCAUAGUAGGCAGCUCAGUUACAAGACCAUUAUUUGACGUAUUUUUUGUGCGCUCGGUUGUACAGCUUUUGGUUUGGUCGCGUCGGAUCGGUCUUGGUUAUAUCCAUAGCACAACGCCCCAGCUUGGUCACACUGCGAACGCAAUCCGGAUUUGGAUCAGCAGCAGCCAGCAGCCAGCCAGCCAGCCAGCCAGCCAGUUGCACUUUCGUUGUUGUCGUUGUCGUCGUCGGGUAUCGGAAUCAUUUAUUAGCAUUCAUUUGCUGUAAUCAUCGAAAAAGGAUCCCCAACAAACGUCGCGUGUGAUCGAUCCACCAAAAUGCCAAGUUAAUCAACUGAGUGACUUGUGCUUAACAGAUAUAUAUAUAUAUACACAUAGAGAAAGUAUAUAUAUAUGCGAAAUAUCUAGUGACUGUGUGUUUUGGAAUAUUACAACAACAAAAAAUAUACAUAAAUACUGUGUGUGGUUUUUGCUUGGGAAAAUAGUACUCGUCGAUACUAAAAUUCUUUCGUUUUGGUGCGGAAUAGUAUGCGAAUUUGUUCACAGUGGAUUCAACGCAUAAAAUGGCCGUUGGACCGACGGAGGGCAAACAGCCGCCCACAGAGACAUUCUCGCCGACCCAUCAUCAGAUUAUAGCACCCAGUCCGAUAUUGGCUGUGCCGACGCUGGCCUUCUCCGCCGCCCAAGUGGAAAUCGUAUGCAAGACCCUAGAGGAUUCCGGCGAUAUUGAGCGUCUGGCGCGAUUCCUAUGGAGCUUACCGGUCGCGUUGCCCAACAUGCACGAGAUACUCAACUGUGAGGCGGUGCUCCGGGCCCGGGCUGUUGUCGCCUAUCAUGUCGGUAACUUCAGGGAACUGUAUGCAAUAAUAGAGAAUCAUAAAUUUACAAAAGCAUCCUAUGGCAAACUGCAGGCAAUGUGGCUGGAGGCGCACUACAUUGAGGCAGAGAAGCUGCGAGGUCGUUCGCUGGGUCCCGUUGACAAAUAUCGUGUACGCAAAAAGUUUCCGUUGCCGCCAACGAUUUGGGAUGGCGAGCAGAAGACGCACUGUUUCAAGGAGCGCACGAGAAGUUUGCUGCGCGAAUGGUACCUACAGGAUCCCUAUCCGAAUCCAACCAAGAAACGUGAACUGGCCAAGGCCACCGGCCUGAAUCCCACGCAAGUGGGCAAUUGGUUUAAAAAUCGACGUCAACGCGAUCGUGCCGCUGCUGCCAAGAAUCGCAUACAGCACAAUCAGAACAAUUCGGGAAUGGGUUGCCGCAGCCGUCGGGCUGAAGGAGCCGCAUCGCCAACUCCAUCGGAUAGCUCCGAUUCGGAUAUAUCUCUGGGCACGCAUUCGCCGGUGCCGAGUAGUUUGCAGCUCCAGCACAGUCCCGGCAGCAUGUCCAACGGGGCCAACGAGGAGAGUCUCAGCGUCGACGACGAUAAGCCGCGUGAUUUGAGCAGUGCGCUGCCUUCGCCGACCCCACCGCAGCUGCCGUCGGCAUAUGGUGGGGGCGGUGGAGCGGGUGCUCCAGCUGGACUACCCAGCUGUUUGCCGCCGUUCAAGCUGGAUGCGGCGAGCAGCCUGUUCAAUGCUGGCUGCUACCUGCAAAGCUUUAGCAACCUGAAGGAGAUGUCCCAGCAGUUUCCCAUCCAGCCGAUUGUCAUCCGGCCGCAUCCGCAGCUGCCACAGCCGUUGGCACUAAAUGGCAGCGCUGGUGGCGGCGCCGGAGGAGCACCACAUCUGCAUCAUCCGGCGUAUGCGGCUGCGUAUAGUGUCGAGUGUGGUGUUGUGGUGCCACCACUGCCGCCCAAGCUGCGCAUCAAUUCACCCGAGAAACUCAACUCGACAGCGGUGGCAGCUGCGGCGGCGGCAGCGGUGGCCGCCUGUGCAACGACGACGACAACAGCGACGGCAACGACGGGCUAUCAUCACAGUGGCCAGCUGUUGCAUCGUCCGUUCUCCACAUCGCCAGAGUUGAAGCAUAGUGCGCCGGAGAUCACAUGAUAUCAUCAGCGCGUGUGAGGCGGCGGCGGCCUUGCCCCAAGGGUUUCUCUGCACAGUCCCUCCACCCGCUGCUCCUCCCGCUCCUCCCGCCCCUUGCACUAAGGCCCAGCUAAUUCAAAUUGUUUCAAUUUUUAUUAAGUUUAAGUCAUUGCGUUAGUUAAGCAUUCAACUUCGGGUACAAUUCGAGCGCCCGAAAGCAAUAACAACUUCAUUUCGUACUGGCAUCUGUUUCCUAAAAUAAAGAAUAAAAACAAGAAGAAAAACUAUACAUAAAGUACAUAAAGUACAGCUGAGGAGAAAUAUCGAAAAACAACAGAAAUAUAUAGUAUAUAUAUAUAUAUAUAUACUUAUAUUUAUAAAACUUGGUCGCACACUUUUCAAAGAUAGUUAUUUAAGAUUUACGCAUAUGAAAAUCGAAUUGGGGAACUGACAAA